GGCAGCCUUGUGCAUAGGAUACUGAUUCUUAAAAGAAAAUAUUGCCGCUGAUUCUAUUAAAUUUUUACAAGGUCUAGUCGUGAAAUACCGCAAACGAGCUACCCUCUUGGUAUAGUGAAAUAGUGAGAGGGAGAACUGCGCAACGAGACACGAGCUACGAUAUUGGCAAUCCUGAGGUGGGAGCGUCGCGACGCUGCGAAAUUGUGACAUCUUUACGGAUAUAAACCUCGCGAUUCGCUACGGUGUCAUCAGUUGAUCGUUCAGUUGUCCAACUAAAGAAACUCAUCACACCAUGUCGCUCAAGUACACCGUCGCUCUUUACGCUCUGGUGGGCUUUGUGAAUCUUGGCAUGACAGCCAUCAUCCCAGCAGCGGCGCCACUAGCGGCGGUCGCACCUGCAGCGCCAGUCCUGGCGAAGAUCGAGGACUUCGAUGCUGCACCUCAGUACAGCUUUGCCUACGACGUGCAAGACGCACUUACCGGAGACUCUAAGGCCCAGUACGAAAGCCGUAACGGAGACGUCGUUCAAGGCAGCUACUCGCUCAUUGAAGCUGAUGGCACCAGACGCAUCGUUGACUACACUGCUGAUCCUGUCAACGGAUUCAACGCAGUCGUCAGCAGGGAACCUGCAGUUGCUGUUGCUGCUGCACCUGUAGUUGCCAAAGCUGUUGCUCCAGUUGCCCCAGUUGUUCCUGUCGCUGCCCGUAUCGCUGCUCCGGUUGCCGCUGUCGCACCUGUAGCUGCUCGUCUGGCUGCACCUGUUGUUGCUCCUGUUUACCCAGUAGCUCAGACCAUCCCCAGAGCUGUUGCUACCAGACUUGGCGCACCAUUGGCAGCAUACUCGGCCCUCCCUGCCUACCUGUAAAGCAUUUGAAUGUCCACUGGUUGCUUCCGUGAUGUGAUUCUUCGCCCUUAUUCUGCUAUUACUUUUUAAUUCCUUUCAUUUGUAUAUAAUCACAAAGAGUGCCACCAUGGUGAUCAAGUGUAUCAUGUAUAUUUUUUGCUAUAAAUAUCACUGUUCAAUGUA